GCGGAAGGCACAUACCCAAGGACCCAUCACCACACGGCCUUGUCGCACCUUUCCACGCCGCUCGCCGCUGAUCUGCAUAUCGGAUACUCCACCCCCGAUACUGAGCACCGCAUAUCGCAUCCCGGAUAUCGCAUGCUGCAUCCUCGCGCUGUGCAUCGAAUCCUGUGCACUCCAUUUUGCAUAUCGUAGGCCACACCGCCCGCUGCCUCUCGUCUCGGCGCCUCCAUGGUCGUUCAGAACCAGCCCGCUCAGCUCCAGCGCAUGGACGGCUUUCUGCCAUUCAAGUUCCAUGCCUACGUCAUCGUCACCCACGAUCCCGAAGUCGAGUCCUCCGUCCUCGAGAUCCAGCGCGAGGACUAUCUGUCGGUCGCCACCCGAUCGUCCCGCUCGCGCACUCGCUCUCCCUCACGUUCACGAUCCAGAUCCCGCUCGGUCCAUCGUCCGUCGUCGUCGUACGGCAUCUCGCCCUUCCAUGCCUCCCGCAGUCGCUUUGAUACUCCCCAGUCCGACCGGCACCAAGGCGCUUCCGACGAGGACAGCGACUCGCCCAGCCAGGCUCCCGCCUCACUCUCGCCUUCACCCUUCUUGGAUGGCACCACCGCCAAGCCUUUUCUCGUCAUCUGUCCGCCGCUCUCGCUGAUCGAAGAGCUCGAGAAGAACACCCUCAAGAUGUGGGACGCCGUCCGGAAACAACUGGGCCAGGAUCCAUAUGAGAUUUCCCCUGAAAGCCGCUGUUUUCUCCAAAACUCGCGGGGAACAUUUGUCGCCAAGGAACUACCGGUCUCCUACGGCCUCGUGGACGAUGAAGUCAUCUAUCUCGUCAUUGUUGUUCCAAAAGAUGCCACUCCACCAACGCCUUCCCCUCGGCCACCGUCUCCUGUCGCCGUCGCAAACGAUGUUCCUGUCAAGCCAAAGACUGCAGCUCCGCCAGUGCCUAGCACAGAAGCUUCCGAACCCACACCACAAUCCAGUGAGUCUGCAGCGGUUGUCAAGCCAAAGCCCACUACCCCACCAGUGUCGACCAUAGCGGCUUCCAAAACCACUCCACAGCCGAACCAGCCUACAGCGGCAGCCAAGCCCACGCCACAAUCGAGUCAGCCCGGAGCAGUUGCCAAAUCCGCUCCACAAUCAAGCCAGCCUGCAGCAGCUGGUAAAUCAAAACCCGCAGCCCCAUCGGCGUCCACUAUUGCUGCUGUCAAAUCCGCUCCACCACAGAGCCAGCCCAGAACAGCUGCCAACCCCAUUUCACAGCCAAUUCGGUUCACAGCGCCGUCCCAAAUCGCCGCAGCGCCCCCGCCCAUAA